CAUCACGACAUCCUCGGCGAAAUCAAUGGCCGCAUCCACUGCGCCGUCGAAGGCUUCUUCGAAAAGUACUUCCAGUGUCAAUUGUGGCCAGGCUCCGCGGAGAUAGUUGCCCAAGCCGCUGCCGAAACCGCACCCAAACUUUCUCCUCACUCUCCUUUGGGUGACAUUUUCCUAGACACCCAGUCGGAUUUCCCUGCCAAACGCAGCAUCUUCCUAUCUUAUCCACCUAGAACACCAGGCCACUCCGGUCAGCACAUUUCGCAGCUCUUUCUUGUCCCCUCUGGUUCCGGCCGUGAAGCUACAGAUUACACCUGGGCCGAUGUUCAGGUUAUUGGACAACUUCAGGAGCAUGACGGCAGUGAUUAUCCUCAAGGACUUCUGCGUCUCUGCGAACACGCGCGAGAGGUAUUCACCAGCCAGCCGACACGCCUCUUUCUUCACGGUUUUCUCAUCUUUGGUUCCACAUUGGAGCUUUGGGUGUUCGACAGCGCCGGCUUGUACAGCUGCAAGCCAUUUGACGCACGCAAAAACUCGGAUCGCCUCGUCGCCAUCGUCACCGGAUACCUGAGAAUGACCGACAGAGAGCUCGGAAUCAACACAAUCAUCGAAAAAGGCGACGAUGGAGGCAAUUAUAUCACGUUCAGGGCUGAUGAAGAGCUUGAGCCGAGCAGACUCUGCCUCGAACAGGAACCGAUUGCGUUCCCCCGAAGGCUCGUAAGCCAGGCUCCUAUUUGCUACAAGGCGAAAAGACCAGACUCUGAGGGAUGGGAGUUUGUAGUCAAGUUUUCCUGGAGGUCGGAGGCCCGAAGCUCGGAAGAGGAAGUCUUACGACUAGUCAAAAGACGCAAGGUUUGGGGAGUGGUGCAGAUUUUUGGCCACCAAGAGGUCGACACCAUCACAAAUCUCCGCCAAGGCCUGCGAUUCGGUGUUCCCCGAGAAUUUCGACCUGCCACUACAACCACCAGAGAAUCGGCACCACCCAUGCUCACGAGUGCAGGCGCGGGUGAGUGUCACGGUGUUAUCGCCUACACCGAAGAGGUUGCACCAACUGGCCUCGAGCGUGUCCGGCAUGGAACUCAUUCACCAUUCGAUACUCGAACCCUCGGCUGUCUGGUCGUCUCCCCCCUCGGACACCCGUUAGAUAAAUUCCAUCAUGUUUUGGAGUGUAUUGAGGCCUGCCGUGAUGCUGUCAAGGCGCAUCGUUCCCUCUACUUGGACGGGAAGAUACUCCACCAAGAUAUAUCCAAGGAUAACACUAUCAUUCGCGACAGGGUAGUGGAAGGAGGACCUCGGGGUAUAUUAAUAGAUCUUGUCGCACCAGACAGCUACGGCAAAACCACUGGUCCGCGAAAUCCGGAGGAGCUAAUUGGGACCAAGGCCUUUAUGGCGAUCGAUUUGCUUCAGCGCAAGCCACAUACAUAUCGUCACGACUUGGAAUCCUUCCUCUACGUCUUCUUGUGGAUUGCCAUCUGCGGAGGCCAUAAGCGACUUCCCUCGAAAAGUCGCCUUCAACGCUGGCAAGCGGGAAGUUUCCAAGAUGCGGCACAGAGCAAGGUUGAAGAUGUAGCGGAGGAAAAUUUUCGGGCCAUUGUUUCUGAGUUCUCUCCCGCAUUCAAGGGCCUUGAGGGGCUGGCUUGGAACCUACGCGACAUACUGUUC